AUGCAAGAAGAUCAACAUGAAAAUGGUGCACACACUUUAUUAAAGCUAGGUGUUAAACAAGAGAAUGACAAUGAGAGUGCUCAAAAUAACCAUAUCAAUGAUACUGUUGAAGCAGCAGUAAUGAAGUAUGUGGGUGGAACCUUGGGUACUGAUGAUGCUAAAAGGAAAAGAAAGCUUAAUACUGAUGAUUAUGAAUUUGCACAAUGGACUGGGUUUCUUGAUGAUAACUUUAUCAACGAAGCAUCAUCUGAUGCUAUAGCCCCUUCCUCGACACCACCCAAAAAGAAGAAAAAGAAAGAUAAAAAGAAACACAAGGAAAAGGACAAGAAGAAAGAUAAAAAAGAUAAGAAAGAUAAGAAAAAGGAUAAAAAGGAUAAAAAGGAUAAAAAGGAUAAGAAAAAGAAGAAACACCGCCAUCGUCGUGGUCAUGAUGAACAAACACAAAAUGUAGAUGGGCCACAAGAAGGAGAAGAAUCAGUGAUGUCUACCAAAGUUGAAGGGAACACAAAUAACGGGACGGCAGAUAAUUGGAAUGCAGGUGAAGGGAAUGUGACUGAAAAGAAUACAAUUGAAGAAAAAGAUCAAUUUCAUGAUAUCGAUGAAGCGCAAAGUAAAUUGAUUGAAGCAGCUAUUCAAAAUGCCCAUGAAUUAACUCAUGAGUUGAAUGAAGCUCAAGAACGGAAAAUAUUAGAAGCUGCCAAUGAAGUUGUUGCGUCAGAAUCAUUUUUAAACAAUGAUAUUAGUUUGCCAAAUAUAGGAUCCCAAUCAAAUUAUUCCUUCACAUGGAACACUUUUCCAACGCCAAUAACAGCAGAAACAACAGCGGCAGCAGCGGCAGCAGUAGCAGUAGCAGCAGCAUCAGCAGCGGAAGCAACGGCACCCGCACCAGCACCACCAGCAGCAGCACCAGCAGCACCAGUACCAUUCCCACUACCACCACCGCCACCAAUAGCAAGACCAAGACCAAGAGCAACAAGAACAACGACGACGACGACGACGACGACAACGACACCAAAAACCCUCAAAAAGACGAAAAUAAGAAAGAGAGAUAUACCCAAAGAACCACAUAAAUUACCAGAAUAUGAUUUCACUACAUUAUCAGAUGUGCCAACUUUGGCAAGAGAUGUUUCUCGUAAAACAUUAGAAUGGUAUAACCAGAAUGUGAAACCAGAAGAUAGAAAGAAACCACGAUCUUUUUCACCAGAAGAAGAAUCGUAUAUGGAUUAUUAUUUUGCUGGGUAUUGUUAUUUACACAAAAUGAAUAGAGAUGAUCUUUGUCAAAGAGUUUGGGCAAAAGACACAAUUAAAGAUGGAUUUUGGAGAAGAGUUUAUCAAAUAUUUUCAUAUCGUACUAUUUCAUCAGUUUACAAACAUGUUCGAAGAAAAUUCCACAUUUUCGAUGUUCGAGCUAAAUGGUCUAAAUCUGAUGAUGAACAAUUGAAAGAAUUGACAUUGACCCAUCCAGGUAAAUGGACACAUAUUGGGGAAGUUAUGGGAAGAAUGCCAGAGGAUUGUCGAGAUCGUUAUAGAAAUUAUUUGGUGAUUGGUGAAAAUAGGAAAAUGAAUAAAUGGACAAAAGAAGAGGUGGAUAAAUUAAUGUCUAUUGUUGAAGAGCAAUUAGCGGUUGUUUCUACUAUAAACUGGACUCUUGUUGCUGAAAAGAUGGGAACAAGAUCUCGUAUUCAAUGUCGAUAUAAAUGGAACCAUCAGAAAAAAAUAUUAAAUCAAGAUAAAUAA